AUGGAGUAUCCUCCCCAAUAUCAACAGCAUACUCAACAUCCGCAUCUGCAGGGUGGGUACCAGACAUCGCCUCAAAGCGCUGGUCCAGGUACGCUCCAAUCGCCUUCCGGUCCUCAACCGCAUAUGCAACAACACAAUCCCAACCAAGCUUCUCCCAUCCUUCCAUCGCAGACCCAGAAUCAUUAUCAACCUCAAGCAGCUGGCGGCGCCCACCAGCCGAUGGGUUACCCACAAUAUGGCAUGGGCACAGGCAUGACACAAGGAUAUGGUAUUUCCCCUACACAAGCUGCGGCGAUGGCCACAGCGGCAGCAUCAGGACAAAUGCCUCCCCUAUCGUCCGCAGUUAACAUGCCUCAACCAUCUCAGAUGGGACAACAGAGACGUAUGAGCCAGCAUAUCACCAGCCCUCACGGUCAAGUCUCGCAACCGGUUAUGAACCACACCUUACCUAGAGCAUCCGUACCUCCUGCGAUGGCCCCUCCGCAACAACAAGUACAAGCACCGCAAGAAGAAAUUGUGGCUGGAGGUGCUGAAGAGUCGCCUUUGUACGUUAAUGCCAAACAGUUCCAUCGCAUCCUCAAACGACGCGUCGCUCGACAGAAGCUCGAGGAACAGCUCCGACUUACGUCCAAGGGACGCAAGCCGUAUCUUCACGAGUCCAGGCAUAAUCAUGCUAUGCGACGACCUCGUGGACCGGGAGGUCGCUUCUUGACCGCCGACGAGGUCGCUGCGCUGGAAAAGGGUGAGACAGUGCCUGGGGUCAAUGAUGGCACUGCGCCAGCCUCGAAGAACAGCGAAAAAGCGACAUCCGGCAAGAGGAAAGCCGGAGCGGCUGACAACGAGACGCCAGUCAAGAAGUCCAAACUCGCCAGCGAAAGUGCAGAGGAAGAAGAUGACGACGAUGGUGAGGAAGACUUGGGUUGA